AUGGUUGAAAUUGAACUCCCGGACCGCGGCAGCAGGUGGUACAACAACACGGAGAUGCUGAAAUAUAUGACACAAAGCCCCGGUAGAAUCGACGAACAACCGUCCAACCCGAGCAGGGAUUAUGCAUUCUUCGACGGACAGAAGCUCUGCAGGGCCAUUCCUUCGACGCUGCUCGUCCUUUUAUUCACGCUACUGAAGAUCUAUUUUAUAAACCUACAACUUUCUUGUCUUCUUCCCAUCCUUCACAGAUCUCUCGGGCCCGAGUUUGGUGGCGCUGUCGGGAUGUUGUUCUACACCGGGACAACGUUAGCAGCCGCCAUGUACAUAGUCGGUGCGGUCGAAAUCGUACUGACGUACAUGGCACCGUGGCUGUCAAUAUUCGGCGACUUCACCAAGGACCAAUCGGCGAUGUACAACAACUUUCGCGUGUACGGCACGGGUCUGCUUUGUGUAAUGGGUCUGAUCGUCUAUCUGGGUGUCAAAUUCGUCAACAAGUUCGCAACCGUGGCGCUGGCCUGUGUCAUCUUCUCCAUCAUCGCGGUCUACGCCGGUAUCUUCAACAACAUCGACGGCAACGAUAAGCUGUUCAUGUGCGUUCUGGGAAAGCGUCUGCUGAAGGACAUUGCCGUUGACAACUGCACCAAGGAAGCCGGCGGACCGCUGUACAACAUCUUCUGCGAAGAUGGCGGAGAAUGUGACCCGUACUUCAAAGAACACAACGUUUCGCUCAUACGAGGCAUCAAGGGACUUCGAAGUGGAGUCUUUUUCGACAACAUUUUCCCAUCGUUUUUACAAGAAGGACAAUUCAUCUCGUACGGAAUGGAUCCGGAUGAUAUCGAACCCCUGGACAGGCCCUCGUACAACCAAGUGUUUGCCGAUUGUACCACCGCGUUUACGAUAUUGAUCGGUAUCUUCUUCCCAUCGGUGACAGGUAUCAUGGCUGGCUCGAACCGUUCCGGAGAUUUGGCGGACGCACAAAAGAGUAUCCCGAUCGGUACGAUCGGCGCCAUCCUGACGACCUCGACCGUGUACCUGUCCUGUGUGAUGCUCUUCGCCGGUACCGUGGACAAUUUGCUGCUGCGUGACAAAUUCGGACAAUCGAUAGGUGGUAAACUAGUCGUGGCGAACAUGGCCUGGCCGAACCAGUGGGUCAUCCUGAUUGGUUCGUUCCUGUCAACCCUCGGUGCCGGGCUGCAGAGCUUAACCGGCGCGCCCCGGCUGCUGCAGGCCAUCGCCAAGGACGGCAUCAUCCCGUUCCUGGAGCCGUUCGCCGUGUCAUCGAAGCGUGGCGAACCGACCCGGGCCCUGCUCCUGACGCUGCUAAUCUGCCAGAGUGGCAUCCUGCUCGGAAACGUCGACCUGCUCGCCCCGCUGCUGUCCAUGUUCUUCCUGAUGUGCUACGGCUUCGUGAAUCUGGCCUGCGCCGUCCAGACGCUGCUGCGGACCCCCAACUGGCGGCCACGCUUCAAGUACUACCACUGGUCUCUGUCGCUGAUUGGGCUGACACUGUGCAUGUCGAUUAUGUUCAUGACGUCGUGGUACUUUGCGCUGAUCGCCAUGGGAUUGGCCGUACUCGUCUACAAGUACAUUGAGUACAGAGGCGCCGAAAAGGAAUGGGGUGACGGAAUCCGCGGUAUCGCCCUGUCCGCCGCCCGCUACUCGCUGCUCCGGCUCGAGGAAGGCCCACCGCACACCAAGAACUGGCGCCCCCAGAUCCUGAUGCUGGCCAAGCUGAACGACGACCUGACGCCCAAGUACCGCAAGCUGUUCUCGUUCGUGUCGCAGCUCAAGGCCGGCAAGGGUCUGGUCGUGGUCGUGGCGCUCGUCAAGGGUGACUUUACGAAGCUGUCGAGCGAGGCGCUGGCCGCCAAGCAGAGCGUCCGGAAAACGAUGGAGGACGAAAAGGUGAAGGGCUUCUGCGACGCGAUGGUCGCGAGCAACAUCGCCGACGGGCUGUCGCAUGUCGUCCAAACGAUCGGCCUGGGAGGCAUGAAGCCGAACACGGUGAUCCUGGGCUGGCCGUACGGAUGGCGCAAGAACGAGGACGAUGCCCGAACCUGGCAGGUGUUCCUGCAGACGGUGCGUAACGUCAGCGCGGCCAAGAUGGCGCUGCUCGUGCCCAAGGGCAUCAACUUCUUCCCCACGUCAUCCGAUAAGAUCUCCGGCAACAUCGACAUCUGGUGGAUCGUGCACGACGGUGGCCUGCUGAUGCUGUUGCCGUUCCUGCUGAAGCAGCACCGCUCCUGGAAGAACUGCAAGAUGCGCAUCUUCACCGUCGCCCAGAUGGAGGACAACUCGAUCCAGAUCAAGAAGGACCUCAAGAUGUUCCUUUACCAUCUGCGUAUCGAGGCCGAGGUGGAGGUCGUGGAAAUGGUGAGUUCGCUGGCAUGUCUUUUUUUGGGGACCCGCCGCGGGGGAGGGAAAGAAACCCGUCGGUCGUCCUUGAUGGCCCACAGUCAGCGGUGA